UGGAUUUAUGUAUUUCCAUUCCGUGGGUAUUCGUCAAAAUUUUCCGUGGAAUCUGAGAGAUCUACCAAGACAAUAAGCGCAACUAAAACUAGAAAAAAUGCUGGUACGCCUUUUAAAGUUAUGACCUCUACCAAAAAAAAAUUGUCCAUCGAUUACAUUCGCCCGAUCAUUCUUACGUUUCAAUUUCUCAAUACCGCUUGGCAUUUAUGAAACUCGACAAUCCAAUGGAAGCAACAAAACUCGUCUCAUUUUCACUAGGCAACAUUUGCCACCUCUACUACACAACUUUCCAGGCUCAGAUGAUCAUAGAAGAAAGUGAAGCAGUUUUUUAUUCAGUGUCAGUUUGUAAAAAUUUUUUACUACUACAAAAUUAUCAAAGAAUCAAAAUAUUUAUCUCAAUUCAAUAAAUACCAUUUUUAAGUUACUUUUCUGAUUGGUACGAUUUCCCUCCAAAGUACCAGCGACUCUUGAUCCCCAUUAUGAUGAGAAGUAAAACUCCUUGCAGCAUAUCCGCAGGAAGCAUAUUUGUCCUGUCGAUGGAUUUAUUCAGCUCCGUAAUUCAAAAAGCGAUGUCCUUUUUUACACUUAUAUCUUCAAUGCGUUGAUAACCCUUCGACGAUAGUUCAAUUCUCAAAAUGUGAUAUAAUUAUUGUAAUAGUAAAAUACUUUAGAAGCUAGAUAACAACUAGUGAAUGAAUAGAAAAAUGUUUUGAUAACUGUUAUAUUAAAAAACAAAAUAAAAUUUACCAGAAAAAUUUUGGAACUUUAUUGCAGUGACUUUCAGCGAGAAAUGAACAAGAAGUUAUUAAAAAUUUUCCAGAGUCGCGUGAUAAAUUUACGUGUUUGUAACAAGCAUCGUUAAGCGAAACAAUUGUUCUGUUUCUCGAAAUCUAUAGUCCAUUAAUUAUUGACCAAUCAUUUCCUCUGUUCUUUUUGCAACUAAGACUUCUGAGAGAAUAGCCAAUGAUUUUAGCGAAAAUUGACUUCAAGAAGACAAUGAUUGUCAGUCGCAAUACAGACACGCAACUAAAAUGAAUAUUCUCAAAACCCGUCAUUUUCGAGAAUUCAAAGUCGUGCUCACCCUUCUGGGACAAUGGCCGUCUCAGUCACCUUUGCAGCGAUAUUGUGUACGGUUUAUUGUUCUGUUAGCUAUUUUCAGUAUUUUGACACCAAAGAUUAUCAAAUUCUUUGAAGUUAUUAGAGACAUAGAUCAAGUUAUCGAAUGUUUGCCGAUGAUUAUUCUUCACUUUGUAACUCUUACAAAAUAUUUCAACUGGAUUUUCAAUCAAGAGAAGGUGGAUAAUUUAAUUUUACACAUCGAUCGUGAUGGAAAGGCUUUAAAAUUAGACCGAGAUGUUGCUAUAAUGGAAAAAUGGUUACAGCGAAUACGAAAUGUUUCGUUGAGUUAUUCAACCGCAAUGUUUUCAAUUUUAAUAUUAUACCUUGCAUCUCCUGGCGCUCCGAAGCUCAUGGACUUGAUAAAUCCGCUGAAUGAAUCUCGUAAAAGAAUAUUUUUAUACCAGACGGAAUAUUUCGUCGACCAAGAGGAGUAUUACGUUCAUAUUUUGAUUCACGCAUAUAUGACCGUCCCAAUUUCCGUCGCUGUUCUCGUCUACUUUGAUAAUUUAGUUGGAACGAAGGUUCAUCAUGCUUGUGCCAUGUUUGAUAUUCUCAGUACUUAUUUAGAAAACAUCAAUGCUGGAAAAAUAAGUGAUGCUGGUAGCAAAGAAGAUUACAGUAGAAUUCAUAGGAACAUCGUGCGCUGCGUUAAUAUGCAUAAAAAUGCUCUAAAAUUUUCUCAAGAUUUAGAAGAUUCUAUAUCGUCAGCCUGGUUGUUAGUUUUAUUUUUCAGUCUGACGAUAAUUUCAAUUACAGGCACAGUGACAACUACAAAAUUUGAUCAACCUAACGAAGCCUUCAAAUUUAUGGCUUUUACUAUCGGCGCUGUUUUUCACCUCUUUUACACCAGUUUCCAAGGCCAAGAACUUAUAGAUCAAAGUGAAAGAGUUUUUCGAGCUGCGUACGACUCCAAGUGGUAUAACCUCCCUUGUUCUCACCAAAAGCUCCUCAGUUUUCUGAUAAUGAAAAGUGUGACACCAAGUGUCAUUACUGCCGGUGGAAUGUAUAUUUUAUCACUUGAUACUUUCAGUAUCGUCCUCAAAAAUGCCAUGUCUUUCUUCACUGUUUUGACGUCAAUGCGAUAAAAUUGGUUUUAAAUUUAUACAGA